CGGGGAUCCGCAGCAGCCUGCAGCCAUGGCUGUGCCCCUGCGCCGCAGGCUGCCGAUGCUCCUGCUUGUUCUGUUAGCAGCCGGUGAGCUGCGGGCGGCCGAGCGGAGCAGCAGCGCCAUGGAGGAGCUCGCCACCGAGAAGGAGGCGGAGGAGAGCCACCGGCAGGACAGUGUGAGCCUCCUCACCUUCAUCCUGCUCCUCACUCUCACCAUCCUUACCAUCUGGCUUUUCAAGCACCGCCGCGUCCGCUUCCUCCAUGAGACCGGCCUGGCUAUGAUCUAUGGACUCAUAGUUGGCGUGAUCUUGCGAUAUGGGACUCCCUCUACUAGUGGCCAUGAUAAGCCGUUCAGCUGCUCACAGGAGGACAGGCCAUUUACAACGCUGCUGGUCAACGUCAGCGGGAAGUUCUUUGAGUAUACGCUCAAAGGGGAAAUAAGCCCUGGGAAGAUCCACAACGUGGAGCAAAAUGACAUGCUGCGGAAGGUAACAUUUGACCCAGAAGUUUUUUUCAACAUUCUGUUGCCUCCUAUUAUUUUUCAUGCCGGUUACAGCCUGAAGAAAAGACACUUUUUCAGGAACUUGGGGUCUAUCUUGGCUUAUGCCUUUUUAGGAACAGCAGUCUCUUGUUUUAUUAUUGGGAAUCUCAUGUAUGGUGUUGUGAAACUAAUGAAGUUGGUGGGUCAGCUCUCUGAUAAAUUCUAUUACACAGACUGCCUCCUCUUUGGAGCGAUAAUAUCUGCCACUGAUCCAGUUACGGUGCUAGCAAUAUUUAAUGAGCUGCAUGCUGAUGUUGAUCUCUAUGCCCUUCUGUUUGGAGAGAGCGUGUUGAAUGAUGCUGUUGCCAUUGUAUUAUCUUCAUCCAUAGUUGCAUACCAACCAACAGGAGAAAAUACCCAUGCUUUUGAUGCAGCAGCGUUUUUCAAGUCUGUUGGUGUUUUUCUGGGAAUAUUCAGUGGUUCUUUCAUGAUGGGAGCAGUGACAGGAGUUGUGACAGCUCUGGUGACGAAGUUUACCAAGUUGCACUGCUUCCCCCUGCUGGAAACGGCUCUCUUCUUCUUGAUGUCCUGGAGCACCUUCUUGCUUGCAGAAGCUUGCGGAUUUACUGGUGUGGUGGCUGUCCUCUUCUGUGGAAUUACCCAGGCACAUUAUACAUACAAUAACUUGUCAGCCGAAUCAAGAAGUCGCACUAAGCAGCUCUUUGAGGUAUUGCAUUUCCUGGCUGAGAACUUCAUAUUUUCUUAUAUGGGUUUGGCACUGUUUACUUUCCAGAAACACAUAUUCAGUCCAGUUUUCAUCAUCGGAGCUUUUAUUGCAAUCUUUUUUGGCAGAGCUGCACACAUCUAUCCUCUCUCCUUCUUGUUGAAUCUGGGCAGAAGACAUAAGAUCAGCUGGAACUUUCAGCACAUGAUGAUGUUUUCAGGUCUCAGGGGAGCCAUGGCAUUUGCUUUGGCCAUACGAGAUACUGCUACCUACUCGCAUCAAAUGAUGUUCUCAACAACUCUUCUCAUCGUCUUUUUCACUGUGUGGAUUGUUGGUGGAGGUACAACUCCCAUGCUCUCAUGGCUGAACAUCAGAGUUGGUGACCACGUUCCAUCGGUGGAAGAGAUGAGUGAAAGCCGCUGGCUGUACUUCAGGGUUGGGGUUGACCCAGAUCAGGAUCCUCCACCUACUAAUGACAGCUUUCAAGUCUUACAAGGAGAAGGUCCAGAUUCUGAAAGAAGGAACAGGACAAAGCAGGAAAGUGCUUGGCUCUUCAGGCUAUGGUAUAGCUUUGACCAUAAUUAUUUAAAGCCAAUUCUCACCCACAGUGGCCCUCCAUUAACCACAACUCUACCCAGCUGGUGUGGUCUGGUUGCUCGCUGUCUGACAAGUCCCCAGGUUUAUGAUAAUCAAGAACAGCUUAGAGAAGAGGAUUCUGAUUUUAUUCUGAAUGAUGGUGACCUUACUGUGACAUACGGUGAUACAACAAUAACUGCAAACGGUUCUUCUGGCCCCCAUACAGCUACCACUAGCCUUGAUGACAGGAGAACAAAAAGCAGUUCAGAGGAAGCACUGGAACGUGAUGUGGGAGCAGCAGAUCAUGAAAUUACAAGCAGAGGUACCCGGCUAGUAUUUCCUCUGGAAGACAAUGCAUGAUUACUGACUCAGUAAAAAUAACUCUUGCUCUGUGGAUGGAUCAAGGAAGACUGCAGGCCACUGUGUCACUUGAGGUGGGGAUGUUUAUUUAAACAUGUCAACAUGUGUAAGUGAUUUUACUAGGGUCUGAAGAUGUCACCUAUUUUUUACUCAAGAUGCUGACAGUGGGAUUUUCUAAAUGUCUGAAAAAGGAUGAAUGAGAAAACUGGUCACUCUAUUUUCAACCACAUACUGAAUUCAUGUAUAAUUACCAUGCUGCAAUUGUCUUGUUCAGCUGCAGCAGCUCUCUCUGAAGAGAGGUACAAGAAAACAUUGUCACAGAACUGAGCUUGUUUUGGCUUAGCUUGAGAAUGUGGAAGAAGAAAUAUAAACCUAGUAAUUAUGCGGUGAAAAAAGAUGUGUGUGUAUCUGAGUGUGGAGAGAUCCACUGUUAACUUCCCUCACUGAGGAAACUAUCGAGUAAGACAGGACAGUAUACAUUAGAACUACAAGUGCAUGAAUGCCAGACUGUGUGGGGAAUCUGUUACUGCAAGCUGUACUUAAUGCAUUUCAGGGAAAAGAAGAUUUCUUCACUGGCCAGGUGUUUAAAUAGGAAGGCAACAAGAGCUACUUCUCCCUUUAGCUUUAGGCAACUUGACUAUUACUAUUAGCUGAACUUCUAGUGCCUCAAAAGAAAAACAUCCAGCUUCCUGUGGUCUAAGAUGUACCUGAACCAGCACAAGCCUGGAGCCAGGCUUUCUUGAGUAGAAGUAAUGAGGUAAUACCUUCUUUCCCUUAAAGCUCUUAAAAUCAGGUGAAAAUAGUUGGAAACAUAUCUUGGACUGGGGAAAACAGCAAAUAAAGAGGGCAGGGGGGGUAUGAGAGAGACAGUAUUGAACUUGCAUGGAACCAUGAGGUUUCAUAUUGCUCAGAAGAAUCCAUGGACUCUGCUUACAGUUCUUGUGUGUGAUAAACAGCAAACAUCUAAUUAAAUGGACAAGCAAAUACCACUGGCUUUAGCAUUUGUGACUAUCCUAAAAGAAAGGUGUUUACUCUUGUUCUCUUUUGCAGAGUGGAUGUGAAACUUCUGUGGGACAUUGCACAACAUAUAAGCUAUGGAAGUGAUGAACUGUAGUAUCUUAAAUGUGAAAAGGGAAAAAUCUUUGCCUAGUAUUUAGCCCACUUACAUGUAGGCUAGCUUUAACUUAUUGCUAAAUGCUUUUUUAAUUUCCAAAUGAGGAGAUAUCAUAGUCUUUGCCAGUAGCUGAAAAUUCAUGCUUUGAAGAGCAGUUCAGCUGUUUAAAGCAUGCUAAAAUGUGAUUUCAUUCUCGUGUGUCAAAAGGUUUAUUUUUUUAAAGAGUUUUGUUGCCCACUAACGUGAUGUAAUAUCAGUUUGUCUAAAAGUGUGGUUUUCUUGCUCCCCAAACUGUGUGUGAGUAAAUACCCAUUGGUUUUACUUAACUAUUAAACUUUACGGGCUACCUUCGGUAUGAGAACUUACUGCUGCAGGGAAA